CCUCAUAGAAGAAAGUAACGAAAUAAUAAUUUUAUUUCUAAGUCAAGAAGAUAUGGAGAAAGCAAGCCAAGAUUCAGCGUUUUUGAUGAAUCUUGUUGCAAAGGAACGAACUGUAAAUAAUACUAUAAAUAAUGCUGUAAAUAAUAAUGUAAAUAACACUGUAAAUAAAAACAAUAAUAUUGAGCCAGAAGUUGAAUUGGAAGAUGCGAAUGAAACCGCUGACAAAAACAAUGCUGAUAAGUUAAAAACAUUUGUAUGGCCAGACAAAGCGGUAUAUUUAUUAAUUGAAAUAUAUAGAGAAAAGGAGGAAGAGUUCACAAAUGGUUUCAAGCGCAGUAACAAAAUUUGGGCUGAAAUUGCUGCUCAAAUGAAUGAAGCUAAUCCAGCCUACGAAUUAACAGCACAGCAAUGUACAUCAAAAAUGUCUGGCUUGAAGCGGACAUACAAAAAUAUUGUUGAUCAAAAUAAGAAGAGCGGCAAUAGUAGAAAUUCGUGGGCAUUUUUUUCGGUUAUGGAUUCACUAUUUGCCGACAAAGCGUCGAUUUCGCCUCCUGCAAUUGCCACGCAAGUGACGAUCGGAUCCAAAUCAGGAAGGAUCGUCGUUAUCAGUAUUUUCUUCCGUUAAAUC